AUGCGCGACGCCGAGGCGAUUGCCUGCAGCCGGCGCAUGAACAGCCUGACUCUGAACCGGCACACGGAGAUCCUGGAGAUCCUGGAAAUCCCACAGCUCAUGGACACGUGUGUUCGCAACGGCUACUAUGAGGAGGCACUGGAGCUCGCGGCGUGCGUGCGCCGGCUGGAGAGGAAACACAGCAGCAUCCCUGUGAUCCAGGGCAUCGUGGAGGAGGUUCGCCAGUCGGCCCAGCUGAUGCUGAACCAGCUGAUCCAGCAGCUCCGCACCAACAUCCAGCUGCCAGCCUGCCUGCGCGUCAUUGGCUUCCUGCGCCGCAUGGACGUGCUGACCGAGGCUGAGCUGCGCGUCAAGUUCCUGCAGGCGCGGGACGCGUGGCUGCGCUCCAUCCAGGCCUCCAUCCCCGACCACGACCCCUACCUGCACAUCACCAAGACCAUCGAGGCCUUCCGCGUGCACCUCUUCGACAUCAUCACGCAGUACCGUGCCAUCUUCUCGGACGAGGAGCCGCUGGUGCCGGCCGAGGGGCCCGGGGAAGGAGCCAUCUUCCAUGGCUGGGUGCUGCAGAAGGUCUCCGAGUUCCUGCGCACGCUGGAGCGUGACCUGAGCCGUGGCGUGGGCGGCAGGCUGGACUCGCUGCUGGGGCAGUGCAUGUACUUCGGGCUGUCCUUCAGCAGGGUGGGUGCAGACUUCCGUGGGCAGCUGGCCCCUCUCUUCCAGCGUGUGGCUGCUGAUGCCUUCAGGAAGGCGGUGGAGGAGGCGGUGGAGAAGUUCCGUGAGGAGAUGAAUUCCUACACGCUGAUCUCGGCCCCGGCCGUGCUGGGGGGCAGCGCAGUG